AAGUCACCAAAGUGGAGCUUGCUGCACGGGCAAUGACCAAGAUGCUGGUUGAAGAACUGCGCGACAUGGACAACAAAAUGCAGCAACAGGAGGAUGCCCGCCAACUCCGUUUUAUAGAGGCAGAAAGAGAGCUGCAGCAAUCCAUCAUAACGCAGAUAAUGGGACACCAAGAAUGCAUCUUGUGCGACUACCAAUACCGGGAUCAGCUGAAGCACUCGGGGGAUCCAGAUUAUGCAAGACAGGAUUUCUUGAGGAUGUUUAUCACGCUAGUGUGUACAGUAGCGUACGUGAAGGGCAGCCUCUCUUAAAUGUAAUGUUUACGGAUUGCGGUGCACAAAGACGGAUACAGUAUGAAACCAGUAACCCUACAGAUUUUCGGAUCGACCAUGAUGGAGUUAUAUUUGCCGCAAGAACUUUUGACAUUUCACCUGAACAGACAGAAUUGUUGGUCUACGCCCAAGAUGAGGAAAACAAGCAACUUUGGCACGUCACUGUGGAAAUCACAAUAAGACCACAACAUGCAAAAGAUCCGCUACCGGGCUAUUUCGAUGUCAGAGAAAUUAAAUUUCCUCCACAACGUAAGCACAAUGGCUAUCUGCAGAGACAGAAAAGGGACUGGGUUAUCCCACCAAUUAAUGUACCGGAAAACUCAAGAUCUUUUCCUCAGGAAUUAGUACGAAUCAGGUCUGAUCGUGAUAAAAGCUUGUCUCUACGAUACAGCAUGACAGGUCCAGGAGCUGACCAGCCUCCAAUUGGUGUAUUUAUUAUUAGUCCUAUCUCCGGACAGCUCUCUGUAACAAGACCUUUGGAUCGGGAGCAGAUUGCGAUUUUUCAUUUGAGGGCACACGCAGUGGAUGUAAAUGGAAACCAGGUGGAAAAUCCCAUAGACAUAGUGAUCAAUGUAAUAGAUAUGAAUGACAACAGACCAGAAUUCCUGCACCAAAUUUGGAAUGGGAGCAUUUCUGAAGGAUCAAAGCCAGGAUCUUAUGUAAUGACUCUCACUGCUAUUGAUGGUGAUGACUCCAAACAACCAAACGGUAUGCUGAGAUAUAAGAUUCUGUCCCAGACACCAGACAGCCCCUCCUCCAACAUGUUUACAAUCAACAAUGAGACCGGUGACAUUAUCACCUUGGCAGCAGGACUUGAUAGAGAGAAAGUGCAGCGAUAUACAUUAAUAAUUCAAGCCACAGACAUGGAAGGAAACCCAACAUAUGGUCUCUCAAACACAGCAACUGCUGUCAUUUCAGUGACAGAUGUCAAUGACAACCCUCCAGAGUUCACGUCAAUGACUUUUUACGGAGAAGUGCCUGAAAACCGAGUUGAUGUUGUUGUGGCCAAUCUAACGGUAACGGACAAGGACCAGCCACACACUAAUGCUUGGAACACGGUAUAUAGGAUUGUCAGUGGUGACGCAACAGGACGGUUUGCCAUAAGGACAGAUCCAAACAGUAAUGAUGGUUUGGUGACUGUUGUCAAACCAAUCGACUUUGAGAACAAUAGGAUGUUUGUUCUUACGGUUGCUGCAGAAAACCAAGUGCCUUUAAUCAAAGGCAUUCAUCAUCCGCCACAGUCAACAGCCACAGUCUCCAUUACUAUCAUAGAUGUCAAUGAGAGUCCCUACUUUUCUCCAAACCCUAAACUGGUGCGUCAGGAAGAAGGAUUGCUACCUGGAAAUAUACUUGUAACAUUCAAUGCUCAAGAUCCAGACCGUUAUAUGCAACAAACAAUUAGGUAUGCAAAACUUUCAGAUCCUGGAAACUGGCUUAAAAUUGAUCCUUUAAAUGGACAAAUUACUACCAUAGCUGUUUUGGACAGGGAGUCCAUGUAUGUAAAAAACAACAUGUACAAUGCAACUUUUCUGGCCUCAGACAGUGGUAUUCCUCCAAUGAGUGGCACAGGAACAUUGCAGAUAUAUUUGCUGGACGCAAAUGAUAACGCCCCUCAGGUCUUUCCAAAAGAAGUAGAAAUUUGUGAGCGACCAGAUCCAAACGCAAUUAACAUUACAGCAGUAGAUGCUGACAUAAACCCCAAUGCAGGACCUUUCAUCUUUGAACUACCAUACAGCCCAAUGGAUAUUAAGAAAAACUGGACUAUUACCCGACUCAAUGGUGACCACGCCCAGCUCAGUCUGAAGAUUGGAUUCCUCGAUGAUGGUAUCUAUAACAUUCCGAUUCAAAUCACAGAUUCAGGAAACCCCUCGAUGUCAAACACGUCAUACCUUCGGGUGAAAGUCUGCUCCUGUGACGCGAAUGGUUACUGCAGCGGUGUCGCCCCCAUCAUUGGGACUGGUCUGGGGACGGGAGCUAUUAUUGCAAUUCUUCUUUGCAUCAUCAUAUUGCUCACGCUAGUAUUAAUGUUUGUCGUAUGGAUGAAGCGUCGGGACAAGGAGAGACAAGCCAAACAGCUCCUUAUUGACCCAGAGGAUGAUGUCCGAGAUAACAUCUUGAAGUAUGAUGAAGAAGGCGGAGGCGAGGAAGACCAGGACUAUGAUUUAAGCCAGCUGCAGCAGCCCGACACAGUAGAACCAGACACAAUCAAACCUGCUGGGAUAAGACGUAUGGAUGAAAGACCAAUUCACGCAGAGCCUCAGUACCCUAUUAGAUCAGCUGCUCCUCAUCCUGGUGAUAUUGGAGACUUUAUAAAUGAGGGAUUGAAAGCAGCAGACAAUGACCCCACAGCUCCACCUUACGACUCUCUCUUAGUCUUUGACUAUGAAGGUAGUGGCUCCACAGCUGGGUCUCUAAGCUCCCUGAACUCAUCAAGUAGUGGUGGCGAGCAAGAUUAUGAUUACCUUAAUGACUGGGGUCCUCGCUUCAAGAAACUUGCUGACAUGUAUGGCGGAGGAGAUGAUUGAACUUUGGAUUGACCUUUCGUUUUUGUGGACAAGAACAAACAUUUGAACUGAUAUUCCCAAAAAGCGUAAAAGAAGCUUGGCUUUAACUUUGUAGUCUACUAGCACAAGUGCUUGUUUGAAAGCUUUGGCCUAGGCUGCAAACCAAUUUGGGCUCAGUGGGAAUAUCAGUCAUCCAAUACUGUUUGGAAAAAAUUGAUUGAGCUCAGUUACACUUGAAUUUUACAGUACAGAAGCACUGGGAUUUUAUGUGCCUUUUUGUACCUUUUUCAGAUCGGAUUUAGUUUUAUGUUCAACGCUUUAAUGGUACUGAUUUCUGAAAGGGUGAAAAGACAAGGUAUGUUGUGGGUGGGGUGGCGUAAGUAAUCAAGGAUUUUUUUCAUCACGCCUUUUUUUUUCUUUUUCUUUUUUACAUUGUGUUGCUUUUGUUAAAAUCUGAAAUUGAGAACAAAUUUCAUUAGAAUAACUUUAUUAGCUGCAAACAAAUCCACGUGAUUGACAUGUACAGUGCAUUAUUCCUAGUUUUAGAUGUUAGGAUUUUUUUCAUUGAAAGUCACAGAGUUUUGCAGUUGUUGCAGGAAAGGGGAGUAGUCAUAUUACCAGUUUCUAGCAUAACUAAGUUUAUUUUUUUUGUAGCAGGAUCGAUUUUUUUUCUUCUUUUCACAAGAUAGGCACAUUUUGGUCUUAAUCAAUGUACACUUUUUUCAUUUGGGUAUUUUUUCACUUCACUGUAAAAAUGGUAUGUGUACAUAAUGUUUUAUCAGCAUAGUCUAUACAGAAGUUUCCGAACUUCAGAACAUGUGUAUGUAUUAUUUGGACUAUGAAUUCAGGUUUUGCAUGGUUAUACCUUUUCUUUACGGAUAAAGUAUUUACGAAACAGGUGACAAACACAAUUAUGUUUAAUCAAACAAACUCUAGAUUCCGUACACUGAUUUUUUUUUUUUAUUAUUAUUAUUGCUUUGGGAGGGCGAAAACAAAACGUUCUUAGCACAAAUGUUUUACAUAAUUUGUACCAAAAAUAAAAAAACAACAACAGAUAGAGGCAAACUGACGUUGGUGACGCUACUAAUUCAUGUUUAAGGGGUUGGGAAGCAUUUAAACUGGAGAGUCUCUGACAACGGCUUUGCCUCUGUAUUGUGUACCAGAAUAUAAAUGAUGCACCUCUGACCCCACGUUCUGAAUAAAAUGCUAAUUUUGGA